CGCUGGAGUGUUGUUUCAGUGCAGACCGUCCGCCAGAGAGCAGCCGAUGCGUUCCGUUCAUCCUGAAAGCAACGAAGAAGAAGAAGAGUCGAAGUCAGCUGUUGUGCCGUUAAUGAACGGUGAACAAACAUUUAAACUCAGGAGUUAAACGAGUUAAAAAUAUAUUUCUGAAAAUAAAAACUGUGUUUCUGUGUCACUUCGGCAGGGAAAUGUUAAGUAUAUAAACAAUUCGCGCUGUUCUCAGCUAGCAUACACGCUAGGUAACUUACAUGAGGAAAACAGUUAAAUAAAGAAGUGGCAGUGUUUAAAAUCAGUAAGAAAUGAACAGAAAAAGAGCCUUAAUCGCAGACACCUUCUGUUUAACGAAGAGACGCAGAUGUGCAGCUGACAGUGUUACCGGAGAAAGUCAAGCAGAUAUCAGGUCAAGCUUGCAGUACCUCGUGACACUGUUUUCACGCAAACUCUUCAACGACAGCCUCCCACCAGUGGUCUUAAAACACCAGCUCUACAGUUUACACAAUGACAAAACCUCAGUGGACAAGCAGGUGAAUGAGUUGAGGGAAACCGGCGAGCUGUUGAUGUUCCAGCUGGGGUUCGACUCCGAGGCCUUCGCUUUGGUGUUUGCAGAAGAUUACAGAGCCAAAGUCCUGCAGGGGGAAGCUGGCAGAGGAACGCUGGGAACUGUAGAGAAAUUUCUGACCAAACUAAUUCCCAGCUGCUCCGAUUUGAGUUUCAACAAGGAAAAGAUGCUCAAAGAGUUCCUAUUUACAGACUCCGAGAUAACGCAGCUGGUGAAAUCAGGCGUGCUCACUGUGAGGGAUGCGGGGAGCUGGUGGCUUUCAAUCCCAAACUCUGGCAAAUUCAUUAAGUACUUCAUUAAGGGACGCAAAGCUGUUCUCGGCAUGGUUAAGAAAUCCAAAUACAGUGAAAUCCUCCAGACUGAAUUGGAGGGACGCCGCACAACUUCGCAGGUCAAGUUCCAGAUGAAGUAUCACAUUCAUGAUAUAAUCGGAGCAGAGUUAGUGGAAUGCAUUCAGACAACAUCAGGGACAUUGUUGCGAUACGUGGACGGAAACGUCAACUAACAGCUCCACUCACUCGACUUGAACUGUACACAACUGAAAUGUGUAAUGUAUUUAUUGCCAUAUUCUUUUGGUUACAAACAGCAGAAUCAAUUGUGCACAAUAUAGUUAAUAAAAGGCUGCCAAACUUCA